GCACUGCCCAGUCCAACAUCAGCAUUGCAAUUCGAUCUUCUUCUCUCGCAAACGGCCGACAGUCGCUCAUCGGCACCUCAUUGUGACUUCUUACCGCUGCGCUAUUUGUAUACGUGCGUCGCGACGCGCAGAGAGUCAAAUAAGGAGACUUUCAGCUGCCUGCGCAACGCCCAGGAUAUCAUGGACAACGACCUGGCCACAUACGAAGAUGACCGUCGCGAUUACGAGGAUCGCUCACCUCGCCGCGAGAGCCGCGAUGAGAGAGAGCCAGAUUACUCGAGAAACCGCAGUGCCUCACCCAAUGGUCGCGUCGGUGAUUCACAUGCUCCUCCGGGAUAUAAUCGCAUCGACGACGACGACGGCAACACUGACGGGACUAACGUAUUUGUCACCGGUCUGGUUAGCUCGCUUAGGGACGAAGAGCUCCGCGACCUGUUUGCCCAGUAUGGCGAAGUUGUGAGCGCAUCCAUCGUCCGAGAUCCGCAUAGCAGAGAGUCUCGUGGCUUCGGUUUCGUCAACAUGGCCACGGCUGAGGAGGCUGACUUAGUCCUGGACAAGCUUCAGGGCUACGAUCUCCAUGGACGCAACUUGUCUCUUGAAAAGGCCAAGAGGAAGCGUCCUCGUACCCCUACACCUGGCAGGUAUCAGGGUGCGCCUAAGCGAGACAUGCGCCGUAAUGAUCGCUUUGGCGAUAGGCGAGGUGGUGGACGUCGAGAUGACUACCGUAGCUAUCCUAGAGCUGGAGAUCGCUACUCCGGCGACCGUUACGGAAGCUCAGAUCGUGGCGGUGAUCGUCGCUACCGUGAGCGCGACUACGGCUACGGCGGUGGAUAUGGAGGCAGCCGGGGUGGCGAUAGUUAUGCAUCUAGACGUGAUGAUCGCGGCUAUGGCUACCGUGACGAUCGUGGUGGCGACUAUGGUCGCGACGCUCGUCCUCCGCCAGGUGAUGGCUACGGUCCGCCACCCCCUGGUGGUCGCUCUUACGACGAUCGUCGUUAAGUCCGCUCUCCAACGUAACACUCAAAGAAAGGCGCGCGGUUUUGCCAUCGAGAUUCAAUGCUAUGGCCAUGGUGAGCAAGACGCAAACGGAGCACGGUUAAAGUAUGCAUUAUCGCAAGAGUCUGUGACGGCCAUGAUUCGAAGGACUUUCGGUUUCAUCGUAAAAAAGGUGUCUGGAUUCCAUAUCGACGGCGCAACAGCAUGGGCAAAACUCGGACAGUAUGUUCCCAUUGGCAGCAAGCAUUGGCGCGAGGGGCGUCUGUUCGGCACGGUGAAAUGUUUUUUUUGCACGGCGACUAUAAGUUCAGCACGGUCGCUCUCGCCCAUAAGGCUCGAGUUCAAGUUCAACCUCUGUAUCAAUAUCCAAUCUGCGUGAGUUUCAGCCGCGAACAACGUCAAGACAACAAUGAUCGGCUCGAAGAGCAUCCAAGCCCUUCACACGCCUUAAUGUCGCGCCAUACUCGAACGUCAGUUUGUUAUUAUCCAAUCCUACCGUGCGAUUGACUUCGUCCAGUCUUCCAGCUAUUCCAGCAGAUUGCAACUUAAAUGCAUCACUUCGAAUGCCAGGACAAAUAUAGUCUUAAGUCCCAUCGAUUCAAGUUCAAGAUUACUG